AUGAAGGAUCACGAGCAGCCACCUUGUCAACGGAAACCAACGAAGCUGAGAAAUUUAAUUUACAAAACUGAAGCAUUUGAUUCUCUGCAUUCCAGAAAUGCUGAGAGAACACUAUGUAACAGCCAAGUCUGCUUGGGUAGCGUAAUGAGCGUGCCUUCUCAUGGACCGAAACCCAGAUCCAAGGAAGAGAUUUUAGUACACGCCAAGGACUUCCUUGAACAAUACUUUGCAUCUAUUAGAAGAUCUAAUAGCGAUGCUCAUAAAUCACGUUGGGAAUGCGUACAAAAGGAAGUUAUCUGCACAGGAACGUACCAGUUAACUGAAACUGAAUUAGUAUUCGGAGCUAAAUUAGCUUGGCGUAAUGCAGCAAGAUGUAUUGGUCGGAUUCAAUGGUCAAAGUUACAGGUUUUUGAUUGUCGUUAUGUCACUACAACAAGUGGAAUGUUUGAAGCACUUUGUAAUCAUAUUAAGUACAGUACUAACAAGGGGAAUAUUAGGUCAGCUAUAACGAUUUUCCCUCAAAGAACCGAUGGGAAGCACGAUUACAGAGUGUGGAAUCAACAGCUAAUUGGAUAUGCAGGAUACAAAAAUCCUGAUGGAACCAUUACCGGUGAUCCUGCCAAUGUGGAGUUUACUGAGGUUUGUGUGAAAUUGGGAUGGCGUGGUGCUAGAACAAGAUUCGAUAUUCUACCUAUAAUCUUGUCAGCGAAUGGACAUGACCCUGACUAUUUUGAUAUCCCUUCGGAGUUAGUACUUGAGGUGCCCUUAACUCACCCUACAUAUGAUUGGUUUGAGAAAAUGAAUCUUAAAUGGUUUGCUGUACCUGCGGUAUCUGGUAUGGUAUUUGACUGUGGUGGUUUAGAAUUCACUGCAGCACCUUUUAAUGGGUGGUACAUGAGUACAGAAAUUGGAGCAAGAGAUUUGUGUGAUGUUAAUCGAUACAAUCUUUUGGAGACAAUAGCAACAUACAUGGGACUCGAUACGCAUACUCCAAUAUCUCUUUGGAAAGAUAAGGCAAUGAUAGAAGCCAACGUCGCUGUGCUUUACAGUUUCCAAAUGCAUAAUGUAACAAUAGUCGACCAUCAUACAGCGUCAGAAUCAUUUAUGAAACAUUAUGAGAACGAAAUGCGCCUACGAAAUGGUUGUCCUGCUGAUUGGCUUUGGAUUGUUCCUCCAAUCUCAGGAUCUGCCACUACGGUGUUCCAUCAGGAAAUGGCACUUUAUCAUUUGAAACCAGCCUACGAUGCUCAAGAUCCUGCCUGGAGAACGCACGUAUGGAAGAAAGGACGUGAUAAGAAAAUCACAAGUAAGACACCAAGAAGGAAAUUUCAUUUCAAGCAAAUAGCUAGAGCAGUGAAGUUUACUUCAAAAUUAUUCGGCCGUGCUUUGUCACGUAGAAUAAAGGCUACUGUUCUUUUUGGUACUGAAACUGGAAAAUCACAAAUGUAUGCUGAGAAACUUGGCACAUUACUAGGUCACGCUUUCCAUUCCCAGGUAUUGAGUAUGGCAGAUUAUGAUAUAAGUAACAUAGAGCACGAAGCUCUUCUUGUGGUAGUGACUUCCACCUUUGGAAAUGGUGAUCCACCAGAGAACGGCGAGGCAUUUGCACAAAAUUUAUAUGCUAUGAAGAUGAACGAGACUUAUACAAACAACGAGAAAAUAAGUUUAGCCACAUCGAAAUCUUUCAUAAAGGCCAACAGUCAGACGGAAAUGGGAAGCUCGAAGAAACUCGACAGAUUAGAUUCUUUGCGUGGUUCCGUCACAGAAUCCCAGACAGAAGAUACGUUUGGUCCAUUAAGCAAUGUACGAUUUGCAGUUUUCGCUCUAGGUUCUUCAGCGUAUCCAAAUUUUUGUGCGUUUGGACGCUACGUGGAUAAUUUGCUCGGAGAAUUAGGUGGUGAGCGACUACUUCGUUUGGCACAAGGAGAUGAAAUGUGCGGACAAGAACAGGCAUUUAGAAAAUGGGCAGCGGAGACAUUCGCUGUUGCCUGUGAAACAUUCUGUCUGGAUAAUGAUGAUACUUCAUUAGAAAUCGCCUUGUCAUUAGGUUCUGAUACUUUAUCAGCAGGUACUGUACGCUUUGUGGAAUCUGAUCCCCAGCCCAUCACCAAGGCUCUGAGUAAAUGUCACAAUAGAAAUGUGACUACAUGUAGCAUGCUAAAGAAAACUUAUUUAAAUGGCAGUGACUCCAGUGGCGCUACAUUACUCUUGGAACUUGAUGGCUUAGCGGGUUUAGAGAUUGCUUAUAAACCUGGUGAUCAUUUAGGAGUUUUUGCUUGUAAUCGACCACAACUCGUUAAUGGAAUAUUGGAUAAAUUGCAAAUCACAUUUGACGCUGAUUUGUCUAUUGAAUUACAAGUGCAAAAACAAUCGCACACUCCAAACGGUAUUGUCAAGAGUUGGGUACCGCAUGACCGCUAUAUGCCUAACUCGUUAAAAAUGUUGCUCACCCGUUUUUUGGACAUAACAACACCACCCACGCCAAAUCUUCUAAGAUAUUUUGCAUCGAUUGCUACUAAUCCAAAGGAACAAACCCGUCUUACUCAAUUGGCUACGGAUUCUGCUGCUUAUGAAGACUGGAGACAUUGGAAAUUCCCUAAUUUGUUGGAAGUUCUUGAAGAGUUUCCUUCAGUGAAACCAUUGGAUUCUCUACUUAUACUUUAUUUGACUCCUUUACAACCAAGAUUCUAUAGUAUUUCUUCAUCUCCACUAGUUCAUGAAGGACAAAUUCAUCUUACGGUUGCUGUAGUGGAAUACAGAACACAAGGAGGAACUGGUCCUCCUCAUUAUGGUGUUUGUUCGAAUUAUCUUCGGAACAUUUCUGAUGGCGAAUCUUUAUACGUCUUCGUACGCAGCGCACCAAACUUCUAUAUGCCACCUGAAACCAAGCCACCAAUGAUAUUAGUUGGACCAGGAACAGGAAUCGCUCCGUUCCGUGGAUUCUGGCAUCAUCGUCUAGCCCAAAUGGCACUAGAUAAGAACAACCAACGUUUUGGAAAGAUUUGGCUAUUCUUCGGUUGUAGACAAAAGGAUUUGGAUCUUUACAGAGAAGAAAAAAUAGAAAUGAUGGAGGCUGGGGUAUUAGAUAAAGUAUUUCUUGCCUUAUCAAGGGAACCUGGUCUCAGAAAAACGUAUGUGCAGGACUUGAUACAGGCUGAAUCCUCUCAGAUAUAUAAUAUGAUAGUACAUGAGCAUGGACACUUUUACGUUUGUGGGGAUUGCACAAUGGCGGAGGAUGUUUACCAAACAUUAAAACAAAUUAUUCAGUCGCAUGGUCAAUUAACUGACAAAGAAGUUGAAGCUUAUAUGCUGUCACUCCGGGAUGAAACGAGAUAUCACGAAGACAUCUUUGGAAUAACUUUGCGUACAGCUGAAGUUCACAAUCGAUCACGUGAAACUGCUCGUAUUAGAAUGGCCUCCGAACCCUAAUUUCUAUUUGAGAUAUAAAGAAUAACUCUUUAAAUACGGAAUUCUCUUAUAACGGUGCAUAUCAAUGUUUUACGUAUUACAAAUUCUCAGGCUUUAUACCGCCUUUCAAUGUACGAUGAAAUUUCAUCUAUAAUUCGUCAGACUUUUAAUCUUAAAAAAAAUAUUAGUACAGUAAAAAAAAUAGUACACACGCUUUCCACAACAGUUUAGUAAAUUUUUAUGAAGUAUACAAAUGAAGAUAAAUACAACGGUAAUGAUUCAAGGUGGCGGUAAAUGAUUAUCAAAAUAUUGUGCUGGUUAAAUGAAACGAACUAUGCAUAAAGCUGUACAAGUGAGCAUACUUUAAAAUGAAAAAUUCUAUAAAUUCAUAGGUGCUUCUUUCUAGUUAUGAUUUAUUUUUCGUUUAAGUUUAUUCAUUCAUCUUGAUGAUUACACAGAAUAAUACAGCAUCAGAUAGGC